UGACACGUCAAGUUUUUCUCGAGAUCAAGAUUGGCGAUGUUGCAGCCUAUGAGGAUGCCCAUGCACGCUAUAUGAGUGUCAAGUCCUGGGUCAAGCAAUGGGCAUCCACGUAUGGUUUCGCUACAGAUGAUCUCGAUCAACUGGGUGCUGAAGACAAGGAGACAGCACGCGAUAUUCUCUCCAAUGACCCUACAGCAACCAGCGAGAACUGGCUUAUCGAUGCGCCUACACCUUUAGCAGGCGGCAAGGUGAUUAUUGAGUUGAAUGACAAGGAAUGUCCCAAGACAUGUGAUAACUUCAUCAGUCUUUGUGAAGGAGGCAAGGUUGGCAAAAGUUCCAAAAAACCAUUGCAUUACAAGAACACACGCAUGUUUCGUCUUGUCAAUGACUUUAUGGUGCAAGGAGGCGAUGUGACGCGAGGCGAUGGUUCUGGUGGUGAUAGCAUCUACAACGGUAAAUUCAAUGAUGAAAAACCCGGCCUUGCCAAAAAAUUCAACAAGGCAGGACUAGUGGCCAUGGCCAAUUCAGGCAAAAACUCAAACACAUCUCAAUUCUUCAUUACACUCAGUGACAACCACCCUCAAUUUGAAAAGAUCCAAGGUAAAUAUGUGAUUUUUGGUCAAGUCAUUCAAGGACUUGAGGUACUGGAUCAAAUCAACCGUGUAUUACAAGUAAAAGAAAGUCCACAACAAGUCAUCACCAUCACGCAAUGUGGUUCACUUUAAUAAUAAUAAUAAAAAAAGUUUUUUUUAUAGUAUUAUUUUUACUCUUGAGAUCUGAGACGAGCACCAGCAUUGAUAACCUUGACGUUCAAUUGAGCAGCGCG